AUGGUCAGCCCACGACGCAGUAGAUGGAGCCAGACCCGCGGAUGUUGGAUGUUUUGGGACUCAGAACGGAAGCAGGAGUACUCCUACAAUCCUCGGUCGGACAAAUUGGAGUAUCCGGACCGGACCCGUCCAAGGACUUUUCCAAAGGCCGACUACAAUUAUCCACCGCCGGAGCCGCAGCAAGGAUCGUCUUCAUCCGAACAGCCCAAUCUCCACCUACCGGGGGUGCUGACUACGUGUCGGGACAUCGAAGAGGGUCAAGUGGGAACGCUCCGCUUCCUGGCUUUCGAGGAGCUGUACCUACGGCCUCACGGCGGCCUGAACAACCCAAUGCUUAUCCGCAGUAUGGUCAAAGUCCUCCGCAGCAGUAUGGCCAAAGCCCUCCUCAGCACGCGUCGCUCUACGCAGGAUCCGGGCCCCAGCAGGAGUCCAGAAACUUCAUCCGGAGCACGCGAUGAGGACUCACUGGCACAGCGAAUGGAACAGACCAGUAUACAAGGACCCAGUGCUGGAGAUUUUGACCCGAGGAGCGUUCUGAUCUACAACGAGAAGCUCAGAAGGACGGCCAUGGUUCCAGCUGCCCAGCAAGAGCUUGCGGUGCUAUUCCCGGAUUACGUCCUCAGACCUCGCCGUUUCUUCGUUUUUGGCAGGGUCUUCAUGGUUCUUUGGGCCGAACCCGCGGGAGAGAACGCGACCACGAAUGUGCCGUCAAUUGAACGACCAGAUGCGUCUUUAAUACCGAGCCGAUUCAAGGGUGAGAUGGUUUAUUCCAAGGUCCGCCGAUUCGUGGUUAUUCGUGAAGCUGGAGACCAUUGCAACGUCAUACCCAUCGUAAGCUAUGGUGGGCAGGGCGUUGGCAAACGCGGCGUAACAAAGUCGGAUCAUUCCAUCAUCCACACAACAACAAAGCCGCCGCGCGAGAUGUCAGGAGAGACGCCGGCGCCGCGCGAGGAAGGAAUGCGCAGCCCCAUCAGAGUCACGCCGGACAAUCCGGUCACCAAUAGACUCGACGAGCAGAGUCGCCUGAAUUACUCGAAAGUGAGCAGCAUUCCGCACAACGUCAAGGUCAAGCCGGUCGGAGUAGUACAUCCGGGCAGCAUGCGCGCGCUGAGAAGCAACUUCUAUGGCGUCUGGGGGGGUCAUGGUGGCCACGAUGAACCCAGCUCCGACUCAUCCGACUCGGACGAUGAUCCCAAAGGCAAGAAACCGGCACGUGCCACGACACGAUCAAAAAGGAAGGGCAAGGAGGCUGUCGAAGUCAGCAAAGGGUCGAGCUCAAAAGGCAAGGAGGCCGUGAGAGGUAGCGGAAAACACAAGAGCCAGAGCGCUGCCCAGGCUAUUCCGCGGGAAGCAUCAGGUCAAUCAGCCUAUACCCCCUCUACGAUCGAUCCAAAGCCGGCAAUGUGGGCUCGAAACGGAGUCGAGGGAUUGUUGGCACAGGGUCAAAGCAUGGAGCAGGCCGUGAACACGCUGGCUCGCAGCUUGCAGAGAUCGACGCCUGGCACCACCUUGGAAUCCGCAAUACGCAGUAUCCACCAACUCCUCGCGCAGUCGAACACGAUCCUCGCCCAGCGGCAGGAAGAGUCCUCCGACGAGUCAGAAAGAUGA